AGCCAAUCAAUAAAGCACAUCUUCAGGGCAGAACCAGCCCUUGUCAGAUAACCAUCUCUGUUUUUUUCGAGGCGCGUCUCCUCCCUUCCCCCUGCUCCCCAGUACGUGGCAAUACCGACUCCCGCUCCUUUAGGAACCCUGAGCCUGGCACAGCAGCUCCUGUCUUGCAACCUCCAUUUCCCCCGUCACAAGUGCUGCCACUGCUCUUAAACAGACACGAAUUCAGGCGCAGAAGGCUUGUGACUUUGCCCAGCAUCCUUUAGGGGAGCUGGUCUGCGGUCACUGGGGGGAUUCAGGCUCUGCGUUUACAGCACGCCUGCAGCCCGUGGCACUUUCUCCUCUGGACGUUCCCAGUGUGUAAGAGCCAUGAGAUAGGUUACUCAGACUUGAAAAUGGAGGACGGUAGUGGUGGUGGUGUUGUUUGGUGGAUAAGUCUUAGCAGUACUUCCUGUAAUGGUGGUGCUGAAAGUGAUGUUUUACUUGACUUAACUGCUGGUGCAGAGAGCACUUUGGGGUGCCUGCUACUUGUAAGCUUUGCCAGUUACAGCUUUAAAAAAUCCCCAAACACUACAGGGAAGUAUUUGGGUAUUUUUCAGCAUUAUGUCUGUGACCGUGAUAGGAAAGGGUAGUAUUUUCUGCAUCUAAAACUGAAGGUGGGGAGUGACAAUGCCUGUUUGUUUGGGAGAGAGAGGGCUUUAGGAUGCGAGAAAUUUGCAUGAGCAGAGCUGAGAUUUUAAACCCACAGCUCUGAGCUAUCAAAAAAGCACUCUCAUGCCAGAUGGGGUAGCGAAGUCCCUUUCUCUGUGUUUUUGGUUUUUUGUUUGUUUGUUUUUUCUUUUAUUUCUGUCUUGUUUGUUGUUUUUGGUGGCGAUGUUUUGUUUUUUUUCCCUCACCUCUUCCUGUAGGCAAAGGAAACCAUCUUUCUUCAAACUUAGGGUAAGGUUGGUGUCGUGUUAUUUGUUCUUGAUUGUCAUCUUAAAUUAAUUCACCAAGCCUUACUUGGGGCCAGGAUCCUCUUUAUUCUUUGUGUCUUACAAAUGCUCUAUAAACCUUUUAUUGUUAGUUGAAACUGAUUUAUGGGGUCCUGACCUAGGAAUUUGCUUCUUUGGCUGUAUUUUUUUUUACACAGUUUUCUCCUGUGUCUCUAUACAGGCAUUGCCUUUAUAGUAAACUCACUUGGUGCUUUGCCUGUAUCUUGCUUUGUGUCAAAAACACUUGUCUGUUUGCUGUGUCUGUUUUCUUGCACAUAAUAGCAGGGAAUAUUAAAUAGAUGCUUUCAUUUGUAAUUGUGAUUGCUUCAACACAAAAGAUUAAAAGUUUACAAUGGCUAUAUGAGGUUAUGUGGGGAAGGGAGCAGUGUUAAGCCAUCAUUUGUUUUGUAAGAUCCAGGUAGGCACAAUAGAUAUCUCUACCAAUCCUGACAUCCUUGAGGGGAUGGUAAUCUGUCCGGUGUGUUGAGAUCUGGAAAGGGAAUUCUAAGUAGCAGUACCAGCAAUGAAGAAAGACUGUGUGCUGCAAUCAGAGGAAGGUAAUUAUUAAUAGGAGCCAACCUCUAUAAUAACAAUGCAGAGAGAGUGAAAGCACUUGGGUGCUUGCCCUGGAAAAAUUAACUGGUGAACAUUGUAGUAACACAUAGCUGUACACCUGAAAUGUAGUUCUUGUAUUCCAGUUAUUUCUUAGCCCUUUGUGCCUGUUGUCUCCUUCUCUUUUGUAGCAAUACAUGAGUGGUGGUACAAAGAUACCACAGCUCUGCCUCCUGUUUAUGGACAGUUUUCUUGACUGCAUUCCUGGAUAGGGAGUGAAAAAGCUAGUGCUGUUUGUGCUGGGCUUGCAAUAAGUUCUGCCAGUGACAGGAGAAUAAGAGAAUAAAGGCUGGUAGAGAAAAGGAUACAUCCACCCCUGUGGUCAAAAGCACUUGCAGCCGUGUGUGUUGUGGCUUGGCGCAAUUUUAUAAGAAGGGACUGUACUGAAGUUUCCCGGGUUGAAGUUGGUUCUUUUAAAUUCUCUAGAUCUUCCCAUUUUUUCUGUGUAUAGAGGUACCAUUCAAAGUCUUUUAAAGCCAGUGGCAGUAAGUGGGUUUUGGAUCAGGCCCUGUACACAGACUGAGUGUCUGACCUGCUGUGUACUCUCUGAUGGCACCAGCAGCUGUGUCAGGUCCUGCUUUUGUGGCGUACUUGAGGGUUGGCUUGGGCUGCUGUGCAGACAGAGUGCUGACUCAGCACCUCAGCCCAGGGUCUCCCUUUGCUUUCUCCUGCACCUGUAAGAGCCAGAGGGGAGUUCUGGCACAGGUACACGGGCACUGUGAUCACUGAGUUACUGUCCUGAGGCUUGAAGCACUUCAUCUGUGUGUGGCUGCUGAAGGCUGUUUUGCUGAGAAGUAGCUUGAGUCACAAAUGGGGGAACAUGAAGGAACUCAGUAAACAAGUUUCUCAACCGGGUGCCAAAAAAAACUGGAGUUCCAGGCAAGAAGAGGUUCUUGUCUCCCUUCAGGAAAUGGAUAGGAAGAGAAGUUAAAAGACGUUCAUGUAGCAGCUGCCAGAAUGUUCAGGGAGAUAUCCUUGGAAGGAGAAAACUUGCUUUCUUGAAAUCAAGCCAGCAAAAUGCCACUUUUGCCCAACACUUGGAGACAAGCAGUAGUAUGGGAAGUGAGUAUGGCUGCACCAAGGACUCAUUUGUUAGAACUGUUUUAAAAGAAAUACCUUAGUUUUUCUUCUCCCUCUUCAAGUAUAAAUCAGGAUACAGAACUAUAUUGUUCAUGUAGCCUCAAAAGUAAUUUUCCUUCUUUCCACUUGAGCUCUUUCCUCAGAAGUGAUUUGUUCCGAGACUGAAGUAAUUGCGACAUUCAAGACUUAAGAAGCAAUCGUGGUGUAAAAUACAGCCGCCCUUAGGGAGGAGCAAGGAUCGUUGUUGCUCAGAUAUUUUUUUCUUUUUGGAGGCCCUUUUUUCUUGAAGGAGGAGUCUGAGGCGCUUGUCAAAAUGAGAAAGUGAUCAUCAGAGUCUGGCUUGGUAUUCCUGCUGCUGGAGCCUUCAGGAGCCAGCGCUCAGCCCAGCUGAAGCCAGAGGAGGAGGGCGGAGAAGCACAGCCUGAUCAGGAAUGUUUACCCUUGCAGAAGUUGCAUCGCUCAGUGACAUCCAGCCAACUUACCGUAUCUUGAAACCAUGGUGGGAUGUAUUUAUGGAUUAUCUCGCUGUUGUUAUGUUAAUGGUUGCCAUUUUUGCUGGAACCAUGCAGCUGACAAAAGACCAGGUGGUCUGCUUGCCAGUUUUGCAUUCUACUGUAAAUUCAAAAGUGCAGCCUGACACGGCAGGGAAGGCUGACUUUACCACUGUUGAAACAACCACUGGUCAAGAAGAAGCAUCAAUGAGAACUGUUGCCUUUGGAAGUACCCCUACUGUAGCACCUGACAUUCUUCUGAGCAGAGCUACCUCUUCUCAGUAUCAACCCACUGAAUCAGACCAGGAGCUGAAGAAGGAGCAGAAAGAUUCCUCAGGCCGUAAAACAAAUUUGGAUUUUCAGCAGUACGUAUUUAUUAACCAGAUGUGCUAUCAUUUGGCUCUUCCUUGGUACUCAAAGUAUUUUCCCUAUCUUGUUCUCAUCCAUACCAUCAUUUUAAUAGUCAGUAGUAAUUUUUGGUUCAAGUACCCCAAGACUUGCUCAAAAAUUGAGCAUUUUGUGUCUAUAUUGGGGAAGUGCUUUGAGUCUCCUUGGACUACAAAAGCAUUGUCUGAAACGGCAUGUGAGGACUCUGAGAACAAGCAGAGGUUAACUGGGGCCCAGUCCCUGCCCAAGUAUGUUUCCACUAGCAGUGAUGAAGGGAGCCCAAGUGCUAGCACUCCCAUGAUAACCAAAUCUGGCUUCAAGUUUUCAGCCGACAAGCCGAUGAUAGAGAUUCCCAGUGUCACGAUUUUAGAUAAGAAAGACGGAGAACAAGCCAAGGCGCUGUUUGAGAAGGUCCGUAAGUUCCGGGCUCACGUGGAAGACAGUGAUCUGAUUUAUAAGCUCUAUGUUGGCCAGACUGUCAUCAAGACUGUCAAGUUCAUCUUUAUUCUCUGCUAUACCGCGAACUUUGUCAACACCAUCAGUUUUGAACACAUCUGCAACCCGAAAGUGGAACACCUGAUUGGGUACACACAGUUUGAAUGUACACACAAUAUGGCUUAUAUGUUGAAGAAGCUGCUUAUCAGCUAUAUUUCCCUCAUUUGUGUCUAUGGUUUUAUCUGCCUCUACACGCUUUUCUGGCUGUUCCGAAUACCUUUAAAAGAGUACUCUUUUGAAAAGGUCAGAGAAGAGAGUAGCUUCAGUGAUAUCCCUGAUGUCAAAAAUGAUUUUGCAUUUCUCUUGCACAUGGUAGAUCAGUAUGACCAGCUGUAUUCUAAGCGAUUUGGUGUCUUUUUGUCAGAGGUAAGCGAGAACAAACUGCGCGGGAUUAGUUUAAACCAUGAAUGGACUUACGAAAAGCUUCGGCAGCACGUCUCCCGCAAUGCCCAGGACAAGCAGGAGCUGCAUCUCUUCAUGCUGUCGGGAGUCCCCGACGCAGUCUUUGAUCUGACGGAUCUGGAUGUGUUGAAACUGGAGCUGAUUCCUGAAGCAAAAAUUACAGCCAAAAUUUCCCAGAUGACAAAUCUUCAGGAGCUUCAUCUGUACCACUGCCCUGCGAAGGUCGAGCAGACUGCCUUCAGCUUCCUCCGGGACCACUUGAGAUGCCUUCAUGUGAAAUUCACAGAUGUUGCAGAAAUUCCUGCGUGGGUGUAUUUGCUCAAAACCCUCCGUGAAUUGUAUUUGAUAGGCAACUUGAACUCUGAAAAUAAUAAAAUGAUAGGGCUUGAAUCUCUUAGAGAGUUGAGACACCUUAAAAUUCUCCACGUGAAGAGCAAUUUGACCAAAAUUCCCCCCAAUAUCACAGAUGUAGCACCACAUCUGACAAAACUAGUCAUUCAUAAUGAUGGCACUAAGCUUGUGGUACUCAAUAGCCUUAAGAAAAUGACAAAUGUUGCGGAGUUGGAACUGCAGAACUGUGAACUGGAGAGAAUUCCCCAUGCCAUCUUCAGUCUCUCUAACUUACAGGAACUAGAUUUAAAGUCAAAUAGCAUACGCACAAUUGAAGAAAUCAUCAGUUUCCAGCAUUUAAAAAGAUUGACUUGUUUAAAGCUGUGGCACAAUAAAAUAGUCAGCAUUCCUUCAUCCAUUACCCACAUAAAGAAUUUGGAGUCUCUUUAUCUCUCCAAUAACAAACUUGAAACCUUACCUGCCGCAGUGUUCAGUUUACAGAAACUUAGGUGUUUGGAUGUAAGCUACAACUCGAUUGCGGUGAUUCCAGUGGAAAUAGGUUUGCUUCAAAAUCUUCAGCAUUUUCACAUCACAGGAAACAAAGUCGACGUUUUGCCAAAACAGUUGUUUAAAUGUGUUAAAUUGAGGACUUUGAGUCUGGGACAAAACUGUAUUACCUCAAUCCCAGAUAAAGUAAGUCAGCUGUUGCAGCUGACUUACCUGGAACUGAAGGGAAACUGCUUGGACCGUCUGCCAGCUACGCUGGGGCAGUGUCAGCUUCUCAGGAAAAGUGGGCUCAUAGUGGAAGAUCACCUCUUUGACACUUUACCCUCAGAAGUUAAAGAGGUGUUGAAUCAAGACACAGGCAUUCCCUUUGCUAAUGGGAUUUAGACUGAGGUGAAAUGCUCUGGUAGCUGACUUCCAAAUGGCAAAUGCUAAAAAGUAUGGCAAUUGUGAGAUCAUGUGUUUUAGAAAGCAGAAUUCCUUGGAAGGCAGAAUUCCUAGCAGGAUUAGAAGAAGUGCAACUGAGUGUUCAAUGUUUGCAGUGUUUUAAAAGUUCAUUUCCAAAAUUUUUGAGAGGAUAAAGAACCUUAAUAAUCUCAAUUAUUUUUUCCUUAAAUAGUUUGUAACUUGGAUGCUGCCGCUUCUGAAUGUUUACAAAUUUGCUUGCCUGCUUAAAGUAAAUGAUUAAAUUGAUGACCUUUUCUUACUAUGCAAGUUAUUCCUUAAGGUCUGGUUUUACUUUAGUGCAUUAAGGGGAGACAAACCAAGGCUAAAUGUUAUAUGUGGUAUGGACCUAACAGCACUUGAAACACAGGUUGAAUUGUGUUGUUAGGGUUUAGCUAUCCUUGGCAAAUGAAACCAGUUUGGCUGUGUUUUGAACUGCACCAGAACCACCAUUUUCCUGCAUUAAGGUGUGUGGUUUCAUAGAAUCAUUUAGGUUGGCAAAGACCUUUAAGAUCAUCAAGUCUAACCAUUAACCUAACACUGCCAGGUCCACUGUGUCCCUAAUCACCAUUUCUGUGCUUUUGUUGAAUGCCUGUGGGGAUGGCGAUUCCACCACUUCCCUGGGCAGCCUGUUCCAAUGUUUGACCACCCUUUCAGUGAAAAAAUUUUUCCUAAUGAUCUAAACCUUUCCUAGAACAGUUUGUGUCUUCUUGUGCUAUUACCUGUUACCUGGGAGAAAAGACUGACCCCCAUCUCACUACACCAUCCUUUCAGGUAGUUGUAGGGAGUGCUGAGGGUCCCUCCUGAGCCUCAUUUUCUCCAGGCUCAACACCCCCAGCCAGUCCUAACAGAAUCUGUGUUCCAGACCCUUCACCAGCUCCACUGCCCUUCUCUGGACACUCUGCAGUACUUCAGUGUUUUUCAUCAGGCCAAGUGAGUUUGCCUUCAUUCUUCUCCUCAAGGCCUCAUGAUUUUGGGUGAGAUUCAUUCUGUGGUCUGGUGUGCUAGUCCUUCACAUGGGCAAAGGCUGGUCACCUUCCUGCAGCUGGUCUCCCCUCAGCCUCCAUAAUGCUCCUCUGUCCCAUGCAGCAGUGGGUGGCAAAAGGGAGAAUAUUGCCACUGGCUUUCAAGUUAGUUCUGAUGUUUGACUUCGUUUGGAAGCCAUUAAACACCAAGUGACUUUAGUGCUCAUGUUUUGCUCUUCUGAGUUUUUAUCUGGAAAACUCAAGGCAUUUUAAGAGUUGGUGAUUGUUCUGUUUCACAGUCCUUGCUUAGGAUGUGGGGCAUCAUCUCCAUUUACUAGACUAAUGACAGACAUAAGAUCUUUCACUCAACUGUCAUUAAGCUUUAUCACCUAUUGUGCUGUCUUCCACACCUGGACUUUACCAUACCCCAGCCCAAUUGAUCUGAUGUCUUUGAACGCUUACUCACUGGCAGAAAUCCUAACUGUGUGCCAGAUAAGUCAUCCAAUAAAGAAAAAAGCAGACAGCAGUGAGUUUGGGAUUUUUUUUUGGUUGGGGUUUUUUUUGUUUUGUUUUGCUUUUUGGUUUUUUUUGUUGGCCUUUUUGGUGGUGGUUUUUUUAACUGAGUUUGCAUUGCCAGAACCAUUAGAGAAAUAUAAUCCAUUAAAUCUGCAAAAUCAUCAGUUGUAAAUCUCAGUCAUUUACAUUCCAUGUGUGCAGAAAAGAAGUACUAUGCUGGGAGAUGAUUGCAUGAUUACUCAUGGUUUAAACACAAUUCCCUAUUGUAGUGUGGUCAGGACUGAACUAGUCUGUAGUUCAAGGAACUGUUCUUCUCACACAGAAGUCCUCAUGCACAGUGAUUUCUACUGUAACUUCACCAGAGCUGCCCUGACUUACACCACUAUUAAUGAGCAGAUAGUUUAGGCCUAGAGGCAUUGAGCAGGCAGGAACAUUUCAAAUACUGCUCUUAGAAGUCUUGCACAUUUUAUUGUUAAUAAUUUACUGUUAGUCAUGCUGGGAGGACUGUUCUCAGCUGUAGGUAGCAGUCUCUGAAUACAUACCUGCACCAUAUGUUUAUGUAUCUCAGAAGACCAGUUUAUGAAUAGUGGUUUUCCUAUUUCUCAUGGGGAUACAGUCUGUUUUCCACUUGCCAGCAGGUAGUAAACUUGGGAUGUUGAUAGUUUUGCAACACCAAGUCACAGGUUAGGCAGAGUAUAUGGAGUUACUGAUCUGUUCUCCACUGGGAAACUUAGUGCUAAUCCUCAGAUUCUUUUUUUUAAGUAGAAGUUAAGGCUGCAGCGGACUUUUCUUUUUUUAAGAAACUUUCAUUUGUUUAUUUUUUGCACAUAGAUCACUUUAAAAUUGCUGGACUAUUGACUCUUUAGAAAAACUGUGGACUAUACUAUUGGUGUAUGCUUUGUACUUGCUGUUGAGUGUCAUUUCAGUUUCCAAGAAAUUGUGUGUAGGAGGGAGGAAGAGUUGGAGGAUGACAAAAUUAUUAAAAUAUUUAGAAAAAUAGUUCUAUUUUUCAUCUUUUUUUCCCUUUUUUAAUAGCAGAGUCGCACAGAAUGUGGCUGUGUAUUGAUCUAGUUUUUAAAAGGUGUUUUUGGUGUUUCUGAUUCUCCUGCUGGCCCUACUGAUGUUCAAAAAAUAAACCCAUGUCCACUUAAUGAGUAUGGUAUACAUAAUGUAGACCACUGUUUUGAGUAGUUAGUAGCCAACUGUACCUUUUUAGACAAUUUCCUCCAAAAUAAGUGUAUGUUAAAAUUAAUUUCAGGCUUCUAAUGCUUGCUUAGCAUAAACUCCAUUCUUGUUUUUAGGAGAUCUUUCUAAGAGUGGGGAGGAACUUCCCAGCAUCCCCAUGUCACCUCCCCCCCAGUCCUUCCUCCUCUUUGUGACUGUUUAUAAUGUUCCUGUUUCCUGCGUGUCAACUGACACCGUUUUGCUUUAAAGUCUUGGAAGUUCAUCUCUUUUCCAUGUAAGGCAUGUGAAAUAUAUUUUGCAUUUCUAUUUGAUUUAAUAAAUAAGAUGUUUAUAUCUUCCUCUCA